UGACAUCCAAUUAGUUAACGUCUUGCUCGACUUGUGGUUUGCUGGUAUGGAAACCUCGGCGAAUACUCUCACCUGGGCGAUUGCCUACACUUUGAAUAACCUUGAAACUCAGGUAAAAUCCUGAAAAGUCUAGUGAGAUUUCUGAAAGUUUAGGAUAAGCUUCACGAAGAGCUGGACCGUGUUAUCGGGUCGGAUCGCGAUAUUUUGAUGGCCGACAAAAAUGAUCUCGUCUAUGUCAAUGCUUUCAUCAAUGUGGGUUUGAGGAGAAAAAAAAUAAUUCUCUGA